GCCACAAAAGCCGCGGGCCACCUUGCAAGGCGCACGCCGACAGCCGCGACGUGCUGACGCCGGAGGAGAUGGUGCAGCUGCGUCAAGAGUUUGUGGAGGAGCUCGCGAACCCUGCUUUGGCCAAGGAGAGAAAAGUUGCAAAGGCAAAGGCUAGGCACCACGCGGGGUGGAAACCUCCGGAGGCGCCGCAAUCUCAGGAGGAGUACCGCUUUGAUUUCGGGAAACAUUCUGGUUCCACCUUGAGGAGUGUGCUUCAGGAGGACCCUGGCUACCUUGAUCGGUUGAUGAGUUGGAGGAACAACAUCCUGGACCAGAAGCUGACAUUGAGGUGUGCUCUUGAGAAGGAGGGCCUCCUCGAGGGGCUCCUGGCGAAGAGGCCCCAGCUGAUGGUCGAGAGAGCGCGGGGGAUGAUCGCGAAGGCGGCGGAGGACAAGGACAAGCCCCUGCAUCCGGAAAUCGCCAAGUUGCGGGUCGCGCAGCACAUCGAGGCCACCGAAAUCUUGGCCAUGCAUUCCAGCGAGACUGCCGUGGCGGCGCUUGCAGCGCCCCCGCGGGACCAGCAGCAGAAGAGAAAACGAGUGUCGGCAGCCAGGCACCUUCUCCCGCACUGUUCCAGAUGUGGGAGCGUGGAGCACAAGCGGCCGCAGUGCCCGAACAAAUCGCUGCAGGGCGAGGUCGUGGAGGACUGCCGCAGCCAGGCCGUCGUGGAUUACAUGCGGAACCGCCGAUCUGCUGCACUUGUCGCCAGGCUGAAGUACACGCACAUAUCUAUCAGAACGCGGGAGUACGAAGAGAGGGCGAAGAAGAUGGCGAGGGCCCCGAUUGACACGGACUUUGUGCAAAUGGCACGGUGGUCCCCAGAAGAGUUCGUCCACUACCUCGUGUCCGCUGGCAUUUUGCACGACUUGAAAGGGACGCCGUGCCCGCGAGGGAAGUGCCAAUCCUCCAAGAAGUCGAGCUUCCUCGAGGGCGCCGAGAAGGAGCUGGGCCAAUUGCGAUGCAAUGCUGAAAAGGGGCAGGAUAUUAUCAUUGAGACUGCGUGGCACGCGUGUGGCGUGUGCCGCGUGCACCAAUCCGUGGCUCUGCACAAUCCGUUGUUCUCUGGCCUGCUUGGGAAGGGCAGCAAGGGCGUGUCGAUGUGCGUGAUGGCGUGGUGGCUAGCCGCUGAAGGGGUCCCUGAGUCGGUGGCAGUGCGGCAGCUCAAUAUCCACGAGGGCGUCGUGCAAGGUUACUACGCCCGGGCUCGCGCGAUCAUGUCUGCGGCAGCGAUUCGCAUGCAAAGGGGUAUCAGGGAGGUGGAGGUCGAUGCCACGGUCAUUUGCAAGUGGAAAGCCGAGGAGAACGCCGAGCUGACGCAUUCAUAUUACUGUUACAUUGGCAUUCGCCAGCGAGGUAGCACGUCCCACUUCGCCAUGAUGCCGCUGGGCGCGUAUCACGCUUUCUGCAAGGAGAUCCUUGGCGACCGCAAGUACAAUCUGCUGCUCAUGACAGACGGCGCGGGCUGCUACAAGUGCCGCUGCUCGGAUUGCGUCGUGCGGUUCGAGGAGCACCACAGCGUGAACCACUCCAGGAAGCCGAAGGCCGAGUUUUCCCGGCCCAUCCCCGCGGUCGUCGCCGACGUCGACACGGGCCACACGAGGGGAUCUAUGGCUGGCACGAUGACGAUCGACAAAGAAUGGGAUCUUCUCAAGGAGCCUUUGCCACGGAACCUGACUGCCCGCACUGUGGAGGACGUCGAUAGGACGGACGGCUACGUGAGGUCUCAGCAAUGGCGGCGCUUGGUCGGCAACGACGAUCGAUGGUCGGCUUUUCUCGACGCAGCCAGGGAGUGGGCGAAAUGCGCCGAUUCCAGAGCGAAGCUCAAGCUGGGUCUGGCAACGGGGAAAGCGGGCAAGUUGGCUCUGGCAGCGGGGAAGCGCUUGAACAGGGGCAAGAGCAGCGGGAGGAGCGCGCCCAAGAGCAUUCCCAAGAGGCACCCGCACGCCAUCGCGACGGGCAUGCCGACGGCCGCGGCCCCGAGCAUCGUGACGGGCAGGGUGCCGUGGGUGCCCCCAUGGCCGCUCCCGCCGCCGCCAGCCUGGCACGCGGGCGCCCUGUGGGGCGAUCGGUAUCUUGAGCGCCAGGGCAGCGCUCCCGUGUGCGGCCGGCAUGCCUUGAACAAUUUGUUGGGGGCGCCGCAGUUCUCGGACGGCGACUUGGAGGUGGCACGCGGCAUUGUGGUGGCUCAGACAGAUGAUCCCCCCGACCUUCACGUGAGCGAUGGAGGAUGGUACUCCCACUCCGUGCUGGCGACUGCAUUCACGAGCAGCGACGACAUGUUGGGGGCGCUGGUGAACCAUAACAACGUCCAUUGGUCGGCUAUCCAG